AUGGCUUCCCCACGGUUCCCGUUUCUGUAUCCGCAUUUGAUGCGCGCGAUUAGAACAUGCGAACUGUCCACCUACCGCACCAUUCGGAGUCCGUCACAUGGUCGUGCGUUCCACGCCGGUCGAUAUCGCGCUCAGGAAGCAUAUCACCGGCGCUAUGGGCCCGCUGCUGAGGCCAACUUGCCUCCUCCGUCGAAACCCAAGGAAGAGUUCUCCAAAGAGCAAGAGUCGAAAACGCCAGCGGCGAAGGACGGUAAUCACAAACUUGAGCAAUCGCGGUCACAAGAUGGUACCAAGGGAAACGUUCUGGACGCUUCACAUAAGGAGGAUGACGACCCAAAAGCAGCGCAGUCUCAUGAGAGCCAGUCUCCGAAUGACUCGCAGACGCAGGAGGAGUCCGAGCCCGACCUUGACGCCCCUGAUAUCCAUGAAGUCUCCCCAGUUCCCACCGAACGUCCAAGCCAAGAUCGGCAUAAACCUAAUUCCCUCAACGAUAAUCCACUCGAAGGUGUUCUCCAUAUGCCUUCACCUUCGUCGCCCUUAACCCCUACAGAAACAUCUCCUUCCGCUACUAAACCGCACCUGGCUCCUGCCCCGUAUGUCCAUCACUUCGAUACCUACUCCCUCGUCUGCGACUUAUCAAAAGGCGGCUUUACGGAAGCGCAAUCCAUCACCAUCAUGAAGGCUAUACGGACUAUUUUGCACAACAAUCUGGACAUUGCCAGACAAAGCCUGACUUCUAAAUCCGAUGUCGAGAACGAGACCUAUCUGUUCAAAGCGGCCUGUUCGGAGCUCCAGUCGUCCCUCCAGACAGCCCGAAAUUCCGAAAUGCAGAGGCAGCGUGCGUCCAGAGCACAAUUAGAACACGAGGCGGAUAUUCUCUCCCAGCGCCUGAACCAGGAGCUUGCGGGAUUGAAAGACGACAUUAAGGGAAUGUUCAACGACCACAAGAUGACGACUCGAGAACAGCAACGGAGCAUUGAUACAUCGGUUCAGGAACUUAAUUAUAAAAUUACUGUUUCCUUGAACAGCGACGGCAAAAGUGAAAUUGAAGGUCUCCGGUGGAUUCUGACCAGGAGGGCUGCCAUGGCUGUUGCUACGAGUGCCUUCAUGAUUAUUAUUUUCCUCAAGUACUACUCUGUGCGCAAAGCGCAGGAAGCCGCUGAGAAGAAGAAAGAAGCCCCCGCUAAAGAAACCACCGAGAAGAGAGUAGUUCAAGAAGCCGCCCCACCGCCGACGCUACCAGCUGUCCCGGAGAUCAUUAUCAGCGAGUCUCUCGGCUGA